AUGCCGAUUAACCCUAGAAUGCAAAACCCUCGAAAGAGGCAAGGCUUCGUUAGUGAGUUGAAAGCUUAUCGAGGAUGGGGUUAUCCCGAUGUUUUGCAACUUAGGGGUUCUGUGCUCUGGUCUGUUAUCCCAGUCGUGACCUUUUCGACGCUGUUUACCACUGGAAUAUGUACUUUAUACCUCGUAUAUGGCUAUAAUGUUAGUUUACCGGGCAGUUUAAUUGGUUCCGUUGCUGUGGUGGUUGGUCUGCUCUUGGCUUUCCGUACCAACAAUGCUUAUGAUCGUUAUUAUGAAGGUCGAAAACUGUUCUCCAGUAUGUGUACGCAAAUCCGUAAUUGUGCUCGUGCAGUAUGGAUCGGCGUUGAGGAAACCUCCAAAGAGGAUCAUGCUGAAAAAAUACAAAUCAUCAAACUUCUACUUGCCUAUGCCGUAGCUGUCAAACAUCAUUUGCGUCUCGAAUUUGGUACGCACUGGGAAGAUCUCGAAGACAUUCUCCCCCCUGGCUUCCAAUUCACUCGAUUCGAGGGCAAUGCUGAUCAAACGGAAACUGGUGGUGAUAAUCCGGAAAAUUCUAAUAAUCAACCAACUAUUCCUAAACGGAGUCCCACAUACGUUCGAGCUCCUCUAAGGAAUGUUGCAGGUCGAUUACCACCUACGUAUGGAUAUCAUAGCGACCAUGGCAGUCAAGUGAAUUUAAUUGUUGAAGACUGGGGUGACGAUGUCCAGCCCAGCAUGAGCUUGCCAUUGGAAAUCGUUUACAAUUUGGGAUUGGCCUUUGAUGUUAAGUUCCGUGAGAAUAAGUUGGAUGGUUCUAGAUUCGGAUUUAUUUCGGGAACCAUGAAUGUUUUGAUCGAAAUUCUUGGUAAUUUGGAGCGUAUUGGAAAUACACCUAUUCCUCAUGCUUAUAACAUUCAUUUGAAACAAGCUGUGACCCUGUACGUUUGGACUCUUCCUUUCACAUUGGUCCCUGAACUCGGAUGGCUCACUAUACCAGCCAUCUUUUUGAUUUCCUUUGUGCUGUUUGGUGUGGAAGCCAUCGGUGCCGAAAUUGAGAAUCCGUUCGGCUAUGAUAAGAACGAUCUUCCCUUGGAUGAGUAUUCUGCAGAUGGCGUGUCCAGUGGAAUCAAGGAAGUCGAGGGAGGUUGUUCGAGUGAGGGAGGACUUCGA